CAGGCGUAAGGUCGUCGCUUCGUCAUUUUACAGUCCCAUGUAGUAUGAGGCCAGCAUUGCGCGCAAAAUGAUCUCGAGUCUCGUGUUGCUUGUGGCAAUUGUGACGCUAAACGCUGCCUUAGCGGUGCUGGCUCCAUUGAAGGUUCUGAACGAUGGCAACAAGAUGCCUAUGCUUGCUCUGGGGACGCACAAUUCAACUGGUGAGGCAGCGGUCGCAGCCACUGUGUCGGCCAUCGAGCUAGGUUAUCGGCACAUCGACACUUCAGUAAUAUACGAAAAUGAGGAGCAGAUAGGCAGAGCUAUCGCUGAUGUGGUGAAGCGAGGACUCGUCAAGAGAGAGGAUCUCUUUAUUACAACCAAGCUUUGGAAUGACAAGCACUCCAGAGAAGACGUAGUUCCGGCAUUAAAAGAAGCUUUGGCAAGACUCAACUUGACAUAUGCAGACUUAUACCUCAUACAUUUUCCCAUAGGUGAAAAGGCUAAUGACAAACACGCGGAUACUGAUUAUCUUGAAACUUGGAUGGGCAUGGAGGACGCCAAAAAGCUGGGACUGGCCAAAUCCAUCGGAGUGUCCAACUUCAACAGCGAGCAGAUAGACAGGAUUAUCGCCAACAGUGACACGAUACCAGCAGUGAAUCAAAUAGAGGUAAACCCGUCGUUGACCCAAGAAUCUUUGGUAGCAUACUGCCAGAAAAAAGGAAUCGUGGUCAUGGCUCACAGCCCCUUUGGCUUUAUGGUGGACCGAGAAUCUCUGGAGUCCCCGCCUCCUGCAGCCGACGAUCCGGUACUGACGAAGAUAGCGAAGAAAUAUGGGAAGACCACGUUCCAAGUGGUGCUGCGGUAUUUGGUUGAUCGCGGAACAGCUCCUGUACCCAAAUCAUCAGACAAACAUCGCCAAAAGCAGAACAUUGACAUUUACGAUUUCAAACUUACAGAGGAAGAAAUUGCAGCUAUCAACAAAUUUAACAGCAAUACCAGAGUAAUAAAGGGUGUGUUCUGGUUUGACCACCCCUAUUACCCUUUUAAUAAAGACUAGAUUGCCUACACGUCAAAUAUUAUGGAAUAAGUAUAU